GUUACGUUUCCUCCUGUCACUCAUUCGAACAAUUAUCAAAAUUUCAAUGCAAAUUUUCAGGGAUAGAAAAACUUAGAUCAAUAAAAUCUAAUAUGUGAAAUACGCAAGAUAUCAAUGAAUGGUCUUUUUGGAAAAGUAUCAAAAUUAGUGUAUUCAGUUCCCUAUAGAAGCGUUAGCCAUAUAAGAAGAUGUAAAACCAAAACCCACCCGUCUAUAAGAACUACUAUACUUCACAGGAAACAUGGCCGUUAUAGAAUACAACCGAACACGAACAAGAUAGUUGUGCUGGGAUUAGCUGGAGCCGUAUUAACGUCUUGUUAUCUGAUCAAGGAAAAAUUAUUCAAAUAUAAAAAAGAUUUAGGAGAAACAUCUAAACUUCAAACUAAUAAUUCGUUAGAUAAUUUAUCAUCUGAAAAUACCGGAAGUAAUGGAACCCUAAGGCAACGUUAUAAUUUCAUAAAUCAGGUAGUUAAUAAAUGUGCUCCUGCUGUUUUCUAUUUAGAAAUAAGAGAUCCUAGUAAAAAGGAUAUUGACGGCCAGCCUCUCAUCAUCUCUAACGGAUCUGGAUUUAUUAUUAGCGAGGAUGGAUGGGCCCUCACAAAUGCGCAUGUUAUUCUAAAUAAAUCACAAUCAAUAAUAACUGCGGUCUUAAGAGACGGUACCAGCUUCAAUGUUCAAAUAGAAGACGUAGAUAUGAAUAUAGAUUUAGCUCUGUUAAAAUUGGAAACGAAAGACAAAGUACCCAGCCUCAAAUUUGGCGACAACGACACUUCAGUUGGAGAAUGGGUUGUGGCUUUGGGUAGUCCGCUAUCAUUAAGUAAUUCAGUUACUGUUGGAAUUAUCAGUUGCGUUAAUAGAUCAGCACAAGAUCUAGGCCUUAAGAAUUAUUCUAUGUCCUACAUUCAAACGGACGCUGCAAUUACAUUUGGAAACUCUGGCGGGCCCCUCGUGAAUUUAGAUGGGGACGUUAUUGGGAUUAACAAUCUUCGAUUGACAUCUGGUAUAUCUUUCGCUAUUCCCGUAGAAUAUGCCAAGAAGUUUCUUGAAAUGAGCAAACUUAGAGUGAAAGGACCGACUGGAAAGAGUUUGCUUGGUAUUACGACAAUACCGAUUACACCAGAGGUUAUAAGUGAGCUACUUAGAAAUAAUAGAGAUAUUCCCAAGGAUGUUCGUCAAGGAUUGCUCGUUUGGAAAAUUCUACCAGGAACCGCUGCUUCUAAAGGAGGGCUUAAAGCAGGUGACAUAAUUACACACAUAAAUGGUAUACCAGUUACUCAACCGGCGGACCUGUAUUCAUCUUCUGACUACAAUCAAACUGUAGAAGUGAACUUAAUACAAGCCGGUAAAAAAACUACUCUGUAUUUAUAUCCUGAAAUGUUUGUUGAAGAGCAAUAAUAUUAAUUUGUUUUCGGUAAUUAAACGUACUGAAUAAAU